AUGCGUCUCUUCCUCAUUCGCCAUGGAGAGACAGUCGACAACGUCGCAAACCUCUAUGCCGGCUCGCGCGAUUCUGCCUUGACUGCCCACGGCGUCAUGCAAGCUCAAAAGCUAGCAUCUCACCUUGCUGAGCACGUCACCAUUGGUCGCAUCUUCUCUUCAAACCUCAGCCGUGCGGUUCAUACUGCACAGGCUAUCCUCGACGCGCAGAAAUGCGCAAAGGAUCUGAAAUUGGUCCAGGCGCCGGAGCUGAGGGAGAAGGACUUUGGUACGGGCGAGGGCGCAAAGUUUGGGUCCGCGACCAAGCAUGAGGGUUCCGAGACGCCGCAAGCGAUGAGAAAGAGGAUUGAUGUUUUCUUGGACGAGCAUUUGCCUCGACUACACGAAGACUCGACCGUCUGUAUCGUCGCUCACGGUAUCAUUCUUGGGACACUUUACAAAGCCCUCCGCGACAGGAUUCCAUCCACGUCUACAGCACCCGAUGCCGCACCAGAAGGCCGAGCAGAAUCUGCUUUUGCUCGACCCACCUGGAGCAACACCGGAUAA